AACAAGGUUCUAAUGUAGAGGGUAUUCAAUGCCAUGCUGAGAUAUUAGGGCAUUCAGUGGUCAGCAACAGAGAGCCACUGAAAGUAAUUAAGCAGGAGAAUAACAUGCUUAAAUAUCUUGUUUAUUAUAGUCCAUCAUCUCAGUCUGAGCUCCUUUUGAUCUUGAGUCUGUCAUUCAAACUAUGAAAUUAUCUCUUCUAGCACUGCCACCCCCUGCAGGUUUGAUAGACAUCUUCAACUAUGCUUUUCUUUUCUUUUUUUUUUUUUUUUUGAGACGGAGUCUCGCUCUUUCCCCCAGGCUGGAGUGCAGUGGCGCGAUCUCUGCACACUGCAAGCUCCGCCUCCCAGGUUCACGCCAUUCUCCUGCCUCAGGCUCUCCGAGUAGCUGGGACUACAGGCGCCCGCCACCACGCCCGGCUAAUUUUUUUUUUGUAUUUUUAGUAGACACGGGGUUUCACCGUGGUCUCGAUCUCCUGACCUCGUGAUCCGCCCGCCUCGGCCUCCCAAAGUGCUGGGAUUACAAGCGUGAGCCACCGCGCCCGGCCUCAACUAUGCUUUUCUAACUAGACUAUCAAAGCAUACAAAAUUCAUAGCCCUCAUCAUAUCCCUAACAGUGACUUCCCUCCAGGUUGGUGAUUAUUAAAAAUCUUUGGGCUAUGCUUGUCUAACCACAGAAUUCCCAUGUAUAAUAGCAUCCAGUCCAUAGUUCUCAAUGAUAGUAGCAGAUAUUAUCGAUUACUUACUAUGUAGUCAGUACACAUGAUUUACAUUCAUUAUCUUAUUUAAACCUUUCACCAAGCCUCGGGGAUGAGGCUCUUGACACUUACUGUGAGUUCCUUUAAAUUGCAGUGCCUUUCCUGUCCCAGACAUUUGAAUCACCAUUCUGUUUUGAAGCUUGAUUGAAAACUAAAUACAUUAUGGAUUUUAUCAAAUAAAUCCUUCAUAAAACCUUCAGGUAUUUUUACCCUCUUUAAUAUCCAUUUGGUUAAUAGGAAGAGUUGUAGAAUUCACAAGAUCAAUUAGAGACUUCAUUUUGCUUGUGUUUUUUGAGGUUAUAUGAAACGUUUUAAAUGUGACAUGAGAGAAUAGUGAAAUAGAGUUUUAACUUAACCAGGAUGCAUGAUUUUAAAAAUCGAAGUAGACCUGAAUUUCCUGAAAAUUUUAAAAUAAUCUAGUAGUGCCAGCAUGAACCUUAGUCACCUAGGCAAUAGAGAAGGUUUUCAUGGAAAUCCAUCCGUCUGUUUUAAAUAAAUACCUUGAAUAUUAAUAGUAUAAAGGAGCAUUAUCUAAGUAAUACUGAAGCUUAUUAUCAGCUGAAACUUUCUUGAUCAUGAUGGUUAGCCAUUUAUGCUCACACCUGUUAAUAAUGGUGAUUGCUUUCAUCAGGAAAACUACCUUUAGAUGUGCAAAUAGCUUUUUCUGAGGAGCCGGCAAGAUGGCAGAAGUAGAGCAGAAGAAGAAGCGGACCUUCCGCAAGUUCACCUACCACGGCGUGGACCUGGACCAGCUGCUGCACGUGUCCUACGAGCAGCUGAUGCAGCUGUACAGUGCGCGCCAGCGGCGGCGGCUGAAUCGGGGCCUGCGGCGGAAGCAGCACUCCCUGCUGAAGCGCCUGCGCAAGGCCAAGAAGGAGGCGCCGCCCAUGGAGAAGCCGGAAGCCAACUCGCAGCUGCGGGACAUGAUCAUCCUGCCCGAGAUGGUGGGCAGCAUGGUGGGCGUCUACAAUGGCAAGACCUUCAAACAGGUGGAGAUCACGCCCGAGAUGAUUGGCCACUACCUGGGCGAGUUCUCCAUCACCUACAAGCUCGUAAAACACGGCCGGCCCGGCAUCGGGGCCACCCACUCCUCCCGCUUCAUCCCUCUCAAGUAGUGGCUCAGCUAAUAAAGGCGCACGUUUCCAAAAAAAAUAAAAAGAUACGCAAAUAAGUGUGGUAGCUAAUAUUCUGUCUCCUUUCCUUCACACCUCAUAGAUUUUCAAUCCCCAGAUGUAUUUCCAUCUUUAGAGAAAUAAAAGGUGUGUUUCCUAAUUAUGUUAUACUUUUGCAUUAAGUUUAAUGAGUUACGUUAUAAAACUUUUUCCAUUUAUACCAGUGGGGUUAGUAAAUGGGCCUCUGGCCAGGGGCUAUUAUAGCCCCUAGGCUAUUAUCUCAUGAUCUUCCAAGUACCAGAGAUGGAUCGCGUAAUGAAGGGCCUGGGGUCUGGUUCAGGACAUGCUUUCUAUUUUACAGAAGAGUUCUCAGAACAGAGUGUGCUCUGCUUUCUCUGGUUGCUCUGGGGACUUCUGUUCACUGAAAUUGUUGCCUAACAUUACUCUAAUGACUAUUGCUUAAGAGCUGAUUCUUAAGAAGGUAGGGCAUGACCUAUAGAUUUCCUCGCAGACUUGGUACAAUUCACAGGAAAUAAACAUAGAGAGGUGAAUUACUUGUCAAAAAUUACAUUGCUACUAAAUGUCAGAUCCAGGAUUUGAACCCCUAAGGUCUAUUAUAGAAAAUGUGAUAUAGUAUUUUGCGUGGUACUCUGGGGAGUGGCCAUGUUUACUUGGUAGGGACUUUGUCUCUUCUGUUUGGCCUUCAAUUUCCUAUCUAAAGUAAAUGUGCUCUAAGUGUCAGCAAAGAUAAUUGGGCUUAAUGGUGGAGCAGAAAGUUGGCCAAAUAUAGAAAAUGUCAUUAUAUGAAGGAAGAGCUCAUUAAGUCUCACUCAGCUGCCUUUCAAUAGGCAGAGGGCUUUUGGAAAGAAGGCCACCUUGUUUGGUAUUAAGUUUUAUUUUUAUCGUGGUAGUCUAUGUAUAAAGUUUAUUUCAUUUUUUUUUUAUUAUUUUAUUUUUAUUUAUUAAUUUUUUGAGACAGAGUCUCGCUGUGUCUCCCAUGCUAGAGUACAGUGGUACAAUUUUGGCUUACUGCAACCUCCGUAUCUGGGCUUCAAGUAAUUCUCAUGCCUCAGCCUCCUGAGUAGCUGGGACUAUGGGCAUGCACCACCAUGCCUAGCUAAUUUUUGUAUUUUUAAUAGAGAUGGGGUUUUGCCAUGUUGGCCAGGCUGGGCUCGAACUCCUGGCCUCAAGUGAUCUGCCUGCCUCAGCCUCCCUAAUGUUGGGAUUACAGGUGUGAGCCCCCACACCUGGCCACAAAGUUUAUUUUAAAUCAAAGAGAUUUACUAGGAUUUUAUGAAAGCCAGUAGUCUAUCCCCUAUUUCGCCCAAUUUUCAACUCUUCUAUUUUCCUUAUCUCCACAUUUCUAUAUAGAAUAUUUCUUAACUUUUCAAGUUUAGAGAACAUAUAUUGACUUCCUACCAUGUUCAUGAUAAUAUGAUAAAUACACAUUUAUUGAGUAUUUACUUUAUAUCAAGUAUUUUUAUCAGUAUAUUAUAUAUAUACUCAUUUUAUCUUUACAAUAACUCUUUGAAGUAAGUAGUAUCAUCUUCAUUUUCCAGAUGCAGAAACUGAAGUACAAAGAAGUUGAGUAACUUACCUAAGAUCAUACAGCUAGUAGAAGGUGUCCUGGGAUAUGAAGCAAGGCAAUUUAGCUAGGAAGUCCAAACUUUAAGCCAUUUUUCUGUGCACCUGCCCUGCCCAUUCCAGUUUACAUUCUCUUCCUAACUAUAUUCCCUACAUUCCUCUAAUUUAAUUUCGGUAUGAUUUUUGGUUAAAUUAAUUGUUAUUCUUUACAUUAUUAUGGUUAUACCAAUGAAGUGCACUGCCGAGCCAUGUAAUAUACUACUUCUAUGUUUCCUUUCUUUUUUCUCCUUCCUUUUUCCUGUGAUUGAUACUAGCCGUUUUGAGGACCUGAAUUUUUAUCUACCUAUUGUUAAUUUUUUUCAAUUAUUUCACUGUUUCCCCCAUGUGUAUAUUAACAACAUGUUUCUAUUCAGUCAAAUAUCAACUAUAUGUCUUUAUUUCCUGGAAAUUUCUUCCUUCUGCUUCAGUACGUAAUGCUUGCUCUUUGUAAAAAUUUCAUUGGGAGACUUCCCUUUGUGUCAGAUAUAUCUCUUUCCUGGAUCCCAUGUCUUCUUCUUUCUUGUUUUAAUUCAUUGUUUUGGUAGAACAUAUUUUCCAAUCUCCUUUUGGAAGAGUACAUAGAGGGUAUUUGAGCCCUUGAAUAUCUGAAAACAUCUUUAUCCUGUCCUUGUGCUUGAUUGAGAGUUUAGCUGGCUCUAGAAUUCUAAGCUGAAAAAAAUUUUCCCCCAGAAUUUUGAAGGCAUUUGAUUAUUUGUCCUCUGGCUUCUGAUGCUGCUAUUGAGAAAUAUGAAGCCAUUCUGACCAAUAAUUUGUAAGUAUUCUCUUCUUAUCUUUCUGGAAGUUUUCAGGAUCUUCUUUGGUAUUCUGAAACUUCACAAUGAGUCUCUUCAUAUGAGUCUCUUCCAUAUCUUUAGCUAGUGUGAGUAUUGGUGAAUAUUUUUAAUCUAGAGUCUCAUUUCAUUUGGUUCUGAGAAAUUUCCUCCUCUCUCUUUUCUCUGUUCUGUAUUUCAUGAACUAUUAGUAGGAUGUUGGAUUUAUUGGACUGAUCUAUUUUUUUCUUAUAUUCCAUCUCUUCUAAGUUUGUUUGUCUUCAAGGAGAUUUAAAUAAAUUUUUAAAAUUUCUUCAGCUGCAAGUAAUAAAGACUGAAUGUCAUGCGUUAAGCAAGUUAGAAGUUUGUAUCUCUCCCUUAUGUAAAAGUUCAGAGGUAGGUCGUCCAUUGUUGCUAUGCCAACGCUACUCCAUGAAGGGAUUCAGUCAGGCUCCUUUAAUCCCCAAGUUUACCUCAUGAUGAACACCAGUUAUCUUUUUAAGAAAGUCUCUACAAGUUGCCACAAAGUACUUUUACUCACAUCUCAAGAAGUAGUCACAAAGCCACACCUUGCUGCAAGGGGAGUGGAAAAUGUAGCCUUUAUUUUGGGUGGCUAGGAGGUUAGCAAAAAGUUCAAGGAGGAUCACUUGGAAAAAGGUAAGAGCAUAUCUCAGAUCUGCCAUUUCUCAUUGAUUCUGUCGUAUAUUCUACAGUGAUGAUUAUGUUGUCCGAGAAUAUAGACAGGUUUACUUUUCCUUUCAAUGUGGAUACUUUUUAUUUCUUUUCCCUAGCUUAUUGCAAUGGCUAAAACCUCUAGUACAAUGUCUAAUAGGAGUGUUGAGUGUCAUCCUAUUCUUGUUUCUGAUUGUUGGUGGAAAGCAUUCGAUCUUUCACCAUUAAGUAAUAUUAAUUAUAGGCUUUUUGUAGAUGUCAUUUAUUAGAUUGAUCCUUUUAUUCCUACUUUUCUAAGAGAUUUCAUACAUGGAUAUUGGCUUUUGUCAAAAGAUUUUGUGUGUGUGUCUAUUGAUCAUAUGGUUUUCUUUUUAGUUUGGUAAUAUAGUGAGUUACAUUGAUUUAUUUUAUUAUUUUUUAUUUUUUGAGACAGUCUUGCUCUGUCACUCAGGCUAAAGUGCAGUGGUGCGACCUUGGCUCACUGCAACCUCUGCCUCCUGGGUUCAAGUGAUUCUCCUGCAUCAGCCUCCUGAAUAGCUGGGACUACAGGUGUGUGCCACCAUGCCUAGCUAAUUUUUGGUAGAGACAGUCUUUGACUAUGUUGGCUAGGCUGGUCUUGAACUCUUGACCUCAAGUGAUCCACCCACCUCGGCCUCCCAAAGUGCUGGGAUUACAGGAGUGAGCCACGGUACCUGGACUGAUUGAUUUUUAAAUGUUACACCAGCCUUGCAUUCCUGAGAUAAACCCCAUUUGGUCAGGAUAUAUUAUCCAUUUUAGAUAUUCUUGAAUUCAGUUUGCUAAACAAUUAUUUAGAAUGUUUGUAUUCACUUUCAUGAGAUAUAUUAUUUCAUAGUUUCUUUUCUUGCAAUAUCUUUGUGUGGUAUCAGGAUAAUGCUGGACUCUUUAUGAAUUGAGAAUUAUUCCACCUUUUCAGUUUUCUGAAAGAAUUUAUUUAUAGUUUGUAUUAUUUCUUUCUUAAGUAUUUGGUAGAAUUUAUCAGUGAAGGCUUCUGAAUCUGAAAUUUUCUUUGUGGGAAAUCUUUUAAUUACAAAUUUAAUUUCUUUAAUAGAUAUAGUGCUAUUCAGGUCAUGUAUUCCCUCCUAGGUGAGCUUUGCAGUUUGUGUCUUUCAAGGAAUUUGUCCAUUUCAUCUAACUUGUCAAAUUUAUUGGCAUAAGUUUGUUCAUAAUACUUCCUUAUCAUCAUUUUAAUAUCUGUGGAAUCUAUAGUGAUAUCACAUCUCUCAUUUCUGAUAUUGGCAACUUGUAAUUUCUUUUUUUUAUUAGUCUGGCUAGAGGUUUAUCAAUUUUAUUGACCUGCUCACUGAACAGUUUUUGGUUUAGCUGAUUUUCUAUUUUAUUUAUUUCCACUUUGAUCUUUAUUAUUUCCCUAUUCUGCUUACUUUGGGUUUAAUUUUUUGUUUCCCAGUUUUUUAAAAAUUGAAGCUGUGGUCAAUGAUCUAUCUUCUUUUUCUAAUCUAGUACUUUAGUGCCAACAUUUUCUAAGCAACGUUUCGGUUGCAUUUCUCAAAUUUUGAUAUAUUGUAUUUUAUUUUCAUUCAGUUAAAAUGCUUUUUAAUUUCUGUUUUGAUUUCUUCUUUGAUUUAUGGGUUGGUUGGAAGUGUGUUGUUUAGGUUCCAAAUAUUUGCGGAUUUUCCAGAAAUCGUUAUGUUAUUGAUUUCUAAUUAAAUUCAAUUGUAGAAUGCUUACAUUCUGUUUUAUAGCUCAGAAUAUGGUCUGGUAAAUGUUUAAUGUAUACCAAAAGCAAUGUUUAUUCUUCUGUUGUUGGGUCAAGUGUUCUAUAAAUAUCAAGCAAUUCAAGUUGGCUGAUAGUGUUGCCAAAUUUUCUAUAUCCUUGUUGAUUUUCUAUUUGUUCUAAAUUAUUGAUGGAGUAGUAUUGAAAUCUCUGACUAUAAUUGUGUAUUAGUCUAUUUUUCUUUGUAGGUCUAUUAUUUUUUACUUCAUGUAUUUUUAAACUCUCAUUAGGAGCGUGUUUAGGAUUGUUACAUUCUUUUGAUUAAUUAACAACUUUAUAAUCAUGAAAUUACCUUCUUUAUCUGUGAUAAUAUUCUUUGCUUCGAAAUCAACUUUUUUGAUAUUAAUAAGGCCCACUCUAGCUUUCUUUUGAUUGAUAUUACCAUAGUAUAUUGUUUUAUUUUAACUGACUUAUGUGUCUAUAUUUAAAAUGCAUUUCUUGUAGGGUGAGUAUAGUUGGGUUUAUCUUUAAACCAAUUUGGAAACCUCUUUUACUUGAGGGAAACCUCUUUUACUUUGGCUACUUAUACUUUAUGUUGAUUAUCAGGAUGGUUAGGUUUAAAUCUAUGAUCUUAAAAUUUGGUUUUUGUUUGUCUCAUUUGUUCUUUUUUACCUCUUUUUGCCUUAUUUUGGAUUAUUGAAUAUUUGUAUAAUUUAUUGCUUAUUUACUGGCUCUUUGUUUUUUUUCAUUUCAGUGGUUGCUUUAGAAUUUAUAGCAUACCUUUUUAAUUUACCACAUUCUAUCUUUAAUUAAUCCUACAUUAAUUCAUGUAUAGUAUAAGAACCUUACAAAAGUAUAUUUCAAUUUCUUCCCUACCUGUCCUUGUACUGUUGUCAUUAAUUUCACUUUUACAUAUGUCAUAAAGUUCACAUUACAUUGUUAUUUCCAGCUUUUUUUCUAUUAAUCCAACAUGUAUGUCAUUUCCCAAUGUUAUAUAUAGUUACAAUCUUUUUGCCAUGUUUUUUAUUAGGUACUUAUCUAAAUAUUACAAAAUUCAUCUUUGCUUUGUUAAAGUCUAACAUAAUCUAGUAGUUUUAUUAUUUUCUGGACAAUCCUGGAAGUUUACAACAUUUUAACUCCAUAUACUUCCUUCUAACUUUUUGUAACAUUGUUGUAAGUUUUAGUGAUAUAAAUGUGUGUGUGUAUAUAUGUAUGUAUGUAUAUUUCAAACUCCAUAAGAUGUUUUUAUUGUUGUUUUGCACAAUUAACAUUUAUCGGGCUGGAUGUGGUGGCUCAUGCCUGUAAUCCCAACACUUUGGGAGGUCAAGGUGGGUGGAUCAUUUGAGCCCAGGAGUUCAAGACCAGCCUAGGCAACAUAGCGAGACCCCCAUCUCUACAAAAAAAUAAAACAA